CGUCUAGGGAGGGAUAGAGAGGCUGCUGGCGGUGGUACCCGGACGCAUGCGCACUGGUGGCGUCACUCCAGACUCAGGCGGAGAAGGAAAUAUGGCGGAGCCGGAACCCAGAAGGAAGAUCCCCCUGGUGCCGGAGAACUUGCUGAAGAAGAGGAAGGCGUAUCAGGCCCUCAAGGCCACCCAGGCAAAGCAGGCGCUGUUGGACAAGAGGAAGCACCAGAAGGGGAAGCAGAUACAAUUCAAACGUAUUGAGACGUUUGUUCGAGAUUCACGACGCAAACACAGAGAUGAGGUCCGGCUGAAGCGCAUGGAACAGAAGCCCGGCCAAAUGGUGCUACCUCAGGGACACAAGCUGGCCUUUGUUGUGCGGAUUGCAGAGAUUAAAGGAGUGAGUCAAAGGGUGCGGAGAGGGAUACAGAUGCUGCGGUUGAGGAAGAUUUUCAGUGGCACAUUCAUUAAACUGACUCCAGCGUCACUGAAGAUGCUGCGCACUGUGGAGCCCUAUGUAGCAUGGGGACAUCCCAAUCUGAAAUCUGUACGAGAGCUCAUCCUGAAACGAGGUCAAGCAAAGAUCAACAAGAAGAGGGUCCCUUUGAUAGACAACACUCUGAUAGAGGAGCAUCUAGGAAAGUUUAAUGUAAUUUGCCUGGAAGAUCUUAUUCAUGAAAUUUAUUCAGCUGGGCAGCAUUUCACAGAAAUCACUAACUUCUUAUGGCCAUUUCAUCUCUCUGUUGCUCGCCAUGCUGCACGUAACAAAGUGGGUCUCCUCAAGGAGAUAGGUGAACCUGGGUACCGAGGCGAGGGAAUCAACAAGCUCAUACGUCAGCUGAACUAGUCAGGGUCCAUAUGAGGAUUUUAGGUUUUUGUCUCCUGCUCCAUGCUGUACGUUUAUUCUUGCAGACUGUUCGAUCUGAGCAAUGUGACAUUACAUCUCCUGUCUACUAACUACUUCUGCCUUCAAGGAGAAGUCACGCAUGAGGGAGAUGGAUUUACUGUUCCUUCUCUGGGAAGAAGUCACAUUGCUAUCAAAUGUGAGCAAGAAGUGACUUGAACUUCCAGGGAGCAGAGCUUCCCUGUACAUCUGAUGAAACAGACAUCACUAAACCAAAUUUUUACUAUUGUUGGUUUUACACCAUCUUCCUUUUGAAGGAUCUGUCCUUGGAAUGAACUUGUACCUGCAAACAAGGGGUUUGGAAGAUGGGGGUUCCCCCACCAUUAUUUAAUCCUUCAUUGUAGCUGACUGUGCCUGGGGAUCUUGAUUCAGCCCUCCCAAACAGAAUCCGUUUGUCUCUAGUGAUGCUGCACUUUCCUUCAGCUACAAAUUUCCCUUAGUAUCACAGUUGCCUGGUAAGAUGUUUAUCCUUCCUGAUGCACAGUUAAGGCUGAGGAGUGUAUUUUAAAUACAUCCCUUAGUCACUGUUCCUGGGCAAGCUGCUAGCAGUAAACAAACUAAUAGAUGUUCUAGAAUUUCUGAAAUAUCCAGACUAUGUUUAGCCCACUGCAAAAGUGGUGAUCCUCUGCUGCUAUAUCAUAGGAUGCCUUUUAGAUUCUCAUAAAUCAGCCUUUUCAGGGACUCCCCAUUUCCCUUAAAGGAAAACGUAUUUGACCUUUACCUCAUUGAUUAAAGCUGUAAAGAAGUCCUUUCUUACUCAGUGACUUUCAAAUAAAUUGUUAUCAAACUCUGCUGUUGAUUGAGGUUAGGGUAUGUGUAAUAAAUCAAGUAGGAGAGAGGAAUUCA